UAAAGUCAACUUAUUUGGAAAAUUUGGUCUGGCUCGGUGUUCGCAUUUGUUACCUUUUCUCCUGUUUAUAUUAAUGUCAACAUUCCGAUCGUUUCCACAACCAAACGAUUUGCUAAGCUUUCCAUUUGAACCUCCUUCAAAGUAAUUAAGCCAAGCCCUUUCUCUGUAUUAUCUCUCACCCGUCCAAGUAAUGGCAGAAGGAGCUUUAAUCAGUGUUGUAGCCUCCAUCGUUAGGGUGUUGGGUACUCCGUCAUUCAAAGAGCUCGGAAACUUUUGGGGUCAUAAAAAGAAGUUUGAGAAGCUUGAGAAUACGAUGAGCUUGCUGGAAGCAGUAAUUCAAGAUGCAGAGGCAAAGCAGAUCAAUAGCCGUCAAAUCGAGCACUGGCUUGAGAGGCUUGAAGACGUAGUUUAUGAAGUUGAUAGCUUGCUGGACGAAUUUCAGACUGAAGCUUUAAGGAGUCAAGCGAUGCCUGGGAAUGAAACCACCAAGAAGGUACGCACUUUCUUGUCAAACUCAAACCGGAUUGCUUUUCAAGUAAAGAUGGGUAUUAAGUUAAGAAAGGUUAGGAAGACACUUAAAGGUAUUAAAGAUGAUAGCGUCUUUGGUAUGUUGACACAACUCCCCCUAGAACCAGACACUGAGCAUGCCAAUAACAGAGAGACUCACUCUUUUGUGCGUGAUGAAGAAGUUAUUGGAAGGGAUGAGGAUAAAAUGAACAUUAUUAAACUUUUGUUGGGUUCUGAUUCUCAAGAUAAGGAUAAUGUUUCAUUCCUUCCCAUAGUUGGUAUGGGCGGACUAGGAAAAACCACACUUGCUCAGUUCGUUUACAAUGAUGAGAAGAUUAGGAAACAUUUUGAACUUCUAAUAUGGGUUUGCAUAUCUGAUGUGUUUGACCUGAAAAUAGUUCUUGAGAAAAUGAUUAAAUCAAUAAAUGGUUCUGUACAACAAGGCCUUGAGCUAGAUCAGUUGCAACACUCUCUUCGCCAAAAGCUAAGUGGAAAAAGAUAUCUUCUUGUAUUAGAUGAUGUGUGGAAUGAAGAUGGGGAAAAAUGGCUUAAACUAAAAACAUUGCUUGUGGAUGGUUCACGGGGUAGUAGAGUUUUGAUAACUACAUGA